GAUCUUCAUUGGAUGACGGCUCAACCGCAAGUUUGUAACUGGCGCAUUCUUGUUUGCGCAAAGCUACCUGCCGCAUGCACUACCUACCUUUAUUGAAGCUAGGAAACAUAUGAUGGGAACAGCUGCAUCCUAAGAAAAAUCCCAUUGCGUGGCCAACCCCAAAACGAUGGCGGCGGCGACAGAACGCCCAUUCGUCCUCCCCGGCGAGGCAAUCGACCCCUCCCUAAUCCCAACCCACCCAAAACGGCCACUCCGCCUCGGUCCCGGUCUGCGACACAUUCCGCCCGAUGAGAUCGUGCCCACCGUCGCCGGCAAGCUAGUAGUCAACCCCGCCAAGCCAUCACUGUCGCUUGACUACAAUGGAGGCCGCUACGUCCCAGAACCCAACGACCUUGUUAUAGGCCAGGUCCACCACUCCUCGGCCGACUUCCACUUCGUCACCCUGGCGCCACACACCACCAAUGCCUUAUUACCUGUCUUGGCCUUCGAGGGCGCCACGCGCAAGACCCGUCCCGUUCUGCCCGCCGGCAGCUUGGUGUACGCGCGUGUCGCCUCCGCCAGCCGACACAUGGAUGCCGAGCUCGAAUGCUUCUCACAGACAACCGGCAAGGCGGACGGCCUUGGGCCGCUGAAUCCGCCUGCUGCGGCGGCACCUGGGGCUGGGGCAGUCGCUGCUGCUGCACCGACGGGUACUGUUUUCAACGUUAGCCUUGGCAUGGCUAGGAGGUUACUCAUGCCACAAGCUGAGCGGGACGCCGGGCUGGUGGUGCUCGAUGCGCUCGCCGCCGAGGGUUUAGCCUUUGAGACGGCCGUCGGGAGGAAUGGAAAGGUCUGGGUUGCGAGUGAGAGCGUCCCGACCCUGGUGCUCGUCGGUCGUGCGCUGGCCGAGGUGGACGAGAAGGGGUUGGACAUGGACGCGCAAAGACGGCUCGUCAAGAAGCUGGUGCGGGAGAUGAGCUGAGAAUAAUCAAUUCCUUGGCUAGCUAAGACCGAAAUCCCAAUCUCAAAGAAAAAAACAAACCAGGGAUGUUCUACCUGAACUUGAACUCCUCGCCGAUAUGCCGCAAAGUGACCUGAAGAUGGCAGAAGCCCAAGCGUAAGACCAGCAACCCCCGUUUCCCUUGCUGUCGAGGGCCUGUAUCUUCUUGAUCGACAACACACUCGGGGGAAAGUGCAACGCUUGGUACGAUGGGUGGUCGCAGCGGUCUCGAAGUAAGCCGUCAAAGAUAGAAGUCAUUCUUAGUUUCCUCCUUAGCCUUCUGUCGAGCCUGCAGAAGUUGAUUCACUACUAGAGGGGGAAAAGUAGAGUCCGUUGCACCACCGCUCUUCAAAAGAAAGUUUGCGGAGUGCAACCUAGCCUCGGGGCUGUGGGGGAGGAGUUGAAGGAGAAGACAGGUUUUCAUGAUCUCGGAAAGGCUGUCAAGGCUGUCAUCAAUUGGGUUAUUGCCAUUGCAGUUUCCCUUUGCAGCGUACAGGCCUCCAACCAGAUGUCGCAAGCCUUCUCAAAGAUCUCGCGGGCACUCUUGGCCUUCUCCUCAAGCCCCUCAAUAACCGUGGCAAUCUCUGGCUGUGCGAACAGGUUAGCUGAUAUUACCAGGAAGUUCAUAAGAUAAUACUUACAUUGGCUGAGUUUGUGCUUUUGAGCAGCCCAAUACCGCCAAGAGUGUCGAGAAGUGCCAAUGCACUUUUCUCGAGGAAGACCGACGUCUCUGCGAUGGGGUCUUGAUAGUUUACGCAAUCCUCGCCCCAUUUGUUGGUAUUACGCGAACAGUCGGUUUUGUUAGCACGACUGCAAUAUUCGCAUUUGUCGGAUUCAGAACCUUGGGGAGGAUAAGCUGUUCAUUUAGCUAUUCCGCCGCGAAACAGUUGGGCAAAAUACUUACCAGCAAGCUUGCCGCAAAUAUUUUCUGGGCACUUGGUUUUUGCCAUCCACUUUCUACAAACCUGGCAACCUUGUCCAGGUUCGGAGCGAAUGCUAUGUGGGAGUUAGCGAGUUCAUAUCAAAGUUUUGGUUGGGUCAAGGAAACAUACAGCGUGCGUUUCUUAGGCAUCUUCGAGGUAGGGGACGAGUUAGCUGCUACGAGCUAAUGGCGAAGUUGUGUUAGAUAGCAGAGUGGAAGAGGCGGAGCGGGAACCACUCAGGUAGAAAAGUGUUUGUUAGCAGUUCAGUCUGGAAAUAUUGGGAAAGUUGUGCGGCAGAGAAUUUUAUAGGGCGAGCUCUGGGUAACAAACGCGUUGCUCAAAAGUUCGAACAAAUUUGAACUGAGAGCCAAGUGACAGACACAGGAUUUGUUAAAUUAGAUGUCCAGGCCGGC